AUGGUUCGUCAAACUCCCUUUGGUUGUGACCAGAAGCUUGAGUUCGGCUUGAAAAUUGUAGAAAAAAGCAUUGAUGGCAAGAAUGUGAUUGUUCUCCAAUGCAAUUUUUGUGUUUUUAAUGGGAGGGAUACUCGCGAGGAAGCCGACAUCAAGCGCAAACGCAUCGCAAACAUCCACUUAUUUUGUUCAUUGUUUCGCUUAGAAUUUACUGAACAGAAGCAUAAGUUCUUCGACAAUAAGAAGCGAUCAAAAAUUCAUGCAUAUGUUGACACCACCAAGAAGAGCAUCACGUUCGAUAUUUGCAAUAUUGCGACUGUCAACGAAUUAAUUGGCGAUUUGUUCUUCAAGCAUGAUUUUGACGAAGACAAUGAAGAGAGCAAACUGAUCUCGAAGACUACGGCUCUCAAGCUUUUUUGCCCCAUAUUUGAUUGCGAUGAUAUGAAAGAAGAAGAUGGAGAUGCUAAUGAAGAAGCUGAUCAGGGUGUCCAGCGCGUCGGUUUGUCGUUCAAACAGACGGCCGCCGUUAUCACGGAGCACCGCAAUCGCACCAAGAAUGCUUAG